CAGCAGCAAAAGAAGCAGCUAAUGGCUCAGCAGCUACAGCAAGCUGUCCUGUCCGGUCCACAGUAUCAGACGCAGCGCGUCAACAUGAUUCAGCAGCAGCAGCAGAAACCGCAGCCGUCGUCUCCGCCGGCUCAGAAGUCACUGCCGACACAGAAACCACUGCCCACACUGCAGAGGGCACCGGCGGCGAGAGCAGGAACGCCGCAAAUGCAGCUAAAGCAACAGCCACAGCAAAUGCAAGUGCAACGGGCGCCACCGCCCGCCCAUCUCAUCCAGAAGCAGACACCACCGCCACUGCAGCUGAUUUCAACGCAUCCCCCGCCAGCCCACAGUCCUGCGGCCAAGAUCCAGACACCAGCAGUUCGAGCUCCAUCCGUGCUACAGAUAACGCCCGUGCCCCGUGUUCAUCCUGGCCUCACAAUGAAGCAAGUGCCUAACCCGGCGGUGGCCAGUAGUGCCGCUCGCACGCUGCCGUAUAGGGGCCCUGCCAGCAAAUCGGGCACGCCUCCGCUGACAGCCCAUCUGCAGUCGUUUACGACCAGUGCCACGCCACCGCAACGGUUGCUGGCCACGCCGCCGCACUGCUCGGCGGCGCUGAACGAGCCGCUGCUGGUGAAUCUUCCGCCCACCACAAGCAUCACGCCCCAGCUGACGCCGACGACCACACCGCCGCCGGCAGCGACAGCCCUGCAGCACCAGCAACUGGCCAAGGCAUCCGCCUUCAAGUUAAACUCCCUGCCGGGUGCGAGUAUCUCGCCAGUGCCCGCCAAGCCGGCGGCCAACAUCAAGCGAAUCCAGCCGAUCACAGUGCUCAAGAAAUCCGACGAGGACUGGCGCCGACAUCUGGCGCAGCAGCAUCUGCAGCACCAACAGCAACUCCAGAUGCAGCAAAGGCAGCGGGAUCAGCAGGUGGCGCCGCCAACCAUUGUCCUGGUGGAGUCACCGCCCACCACGCCGCCCACAGAUAAACAGGAGACGGCUGACGCAGAGAAACCGCCGAUGCAGACAACGCCGGCGGCACAGAGAAAACCGACUAGGUGUACGCCAGCGCCAGCGCCAGUCCGAGUCAAUUCCCCAAUAGACACAUCAAAAGCAAAUCAGGUGAAAAAGGUAAAUCCACCUGCGGAAAUAGUCGUCAACUUGGACGAUCUGCCUGAGACGCCACCCGCAAAGCAGCCAUCCGAGAUGAAGAAGCCAUCAGCCGCACCACCGUCAUUGCCAGAGAAACCUGCCCCAAAGCCUGCAGAACGGGAACCCUUUGUGCCGGAGUACGCGGCACUGCUCCUGCUCUGCGCCGAAGCGGAUAACUCAAAGGAAAUGACGAAACUCAUUGAAACAAAGCUAACAAAAUAUUACUACAGUGUACACGAGAGUUUUGUCAAGUCGCGCGGCUUCCGGAAGCUGCUGGCAUCGGCCAUGGAGCGGAUCAAAGCCGAACCGGAUAUGGUCUACAUGCACCUCAGCGGCGUGGUGGAAGAGCUGAAGGCCAGACGCAAGGCGAAGGUGGUGAUGAUGGCAUCAGUGCCAGAGGCAGAGGCAGUGCCCGAGAAGGCUCCAGUCAGGGAAGUGGCACCAAUUAACCCGUCCACACGCGCUGCGCUUGAAUUUAAGCCAGAACGCGAGCAGGAUGAUGCAAAUGAUGCUGCUGGCCCUGAACCCAUUUCGCCGAGCAUUGACAAGCGCACCGAUGCGCACAUCAGGCGAAUGAACAUUGCCCUGCAUAGGAUAAACAAGAGGAUACAGGCGCUGGAGAAUGCCGAAGUGGACUGGGAUGAUGAUGACAACUCGAGCUAUUUGACGGUGGAGCGCUACAAGAAGCGCGCCUGCGAAAUCUAUGAGAAAAUCUGUGAUCUAACCGGCGAGAGCAAGAGUGCCUUUCGCCAGCUGAAGCAACCGAUCCGAUUCGAGGACAGUCCCUAUCCCCAGUUCAAUCGUGUGCUAUCCUCCUUUGUGAAUCGCAUGCAAGAGUUCCCCGACUACCAUGACGUCCUGCAGCUGCUCGAGCAUUGCAAUAAGAUGAACGAAAUGGGCCUGGCCUCCUUCGAGAUGAAGCGAAUAGCCGGCGAUGCCUUCCUUUCGGUGGGACGACUGCUGCAGUCGAAGCGUAAAAAGGAUCUGUAUGAAACGGCCAAUCACUUUACGGGCAGUGUCAAGGAUCCGGCUGCCACGGACCCGGAGCUGAUGGCCAAGCUAAAGGCUAACGCCAAGAAGCAUACCAAAAUUAGUGAUGUACUGGCAAAAUAUUCGCGGGAGCAGGAUCUCAAUGCGGACAACUUGCGGGAGGCGCGUCUCAAAAAGCAAAAGGAAGCGGCAGCCGCUGCAGCUGUGAUAGAGGAAGAAGACGAUGACAAGCCGUGCACCAGUGCCCAGGCGGCUGCCAAGGCCGCCUUGCUCAAUGGUGCUGCAGCACGUCCUCCCGAUGCUGCAACUGGCUGUGCAGCAAUCGAUGAUGACGACGAUGAUGAGGAGGAGGAAGACUCUGAAUCGGAGGAAGAGGAGGAGGAGGAGGAUCUUGAUGAAUUUGUGGACAAAUUCAAGGCAAACGGCGACAUAAGCGAUGCCGAUUCGGAGAUUGAAGCGGAAACAUUGACUGACACAACACCAAAGACAGAUGCGUUGGCCGCUUCGAAGGAUGUGAUAGACAUAACGAGAGAUGAGACUGCCGACAGCGAUGAGAAGGCCAAUCCCAUGCUUAAGCCCAACGAUGCACCGCCCAAUGGCAAACUGAAGAUUAUAUCCGUUUCUAGUUUGAAUGCCAGCGUCGUCAACGAGCAGGCACAGGAACAUGCGCAGGCACUGGCACAGGCACCGUCGCAUAAAAGCAAACAGAGCUCGAAUGAGUUGCCAAAGCGCGUUAUUGCCGCUGAGAUUAUCAUUUCCGACGAAGAGUCAUAGUCCGAUUGGGGACGCGCAUCUGCAGGACAGCCACAGCCGCCUGCCACCUAAGUUUUGUUUUAUUUUAAGUUAUUUAUUCCAC